CAGUUCAUGUAGUGGAGGAAUGCAAUUUGAAACUUAAAAACAUUAAUAAAUUGCAUUUGAUCAUUCUCUAAUGAGGUCUGAAUUUGAAGAAUCGAUUUGCUAUUUCUGAAUUUGAAUCCGAGAAAUCUGUGGCAUUUGAGAUGCCUUCAUCUCCCAAGUACUUCACUGCCCGCCCUUUAACCUACUCCUCCUCCCGCAGAUCGACGGCUCUGAUCCUGUUUCUCUUGAUCGGCCUUGUCGGUUUUGUGUUCGGGUUUAUUGCUAGUUCGAGGCAGGGCUUGGGGCAUAGAUGCGAGUACAUAAAACCCCGAUCAGUCUCUGUUGUGUGGGACAGAAACAGCGCGAGGGUGAGCAGUGGAGAUGGUGUUGAUGGAGAGCAGAAGAGGCACAAGGUAAUGGGCUUUGUCGGGAUCCAAACUGGCUUCGCAUCAGCUGCUCGCCGCCGCUCGCUCCGCCAGACUUGGCUUCCUUCAGAUCGCCAAGGGCUUCAAAAGUUGGAAGAAUCCACUGGUUUGGCUUUUAGGUUUAUAAUUGGUAGAACUAAUGAUAAAUCAAAGAUGGCAGCGCUCAGAAGGGAAAUUGCAGAGUAUGAUGAUUUUGUGCUGUUAGACAUUGAAGAAGAGUAUAGUAAGCUCCCAUACAAAACUUUAGCUUUUUUCAAAGCUGCAUAUGCGCUUUAUGAUUCAGAAUUUUACGUCAAAGCUGAUGAUGACAUAUAUUUACGACCAGAUCGCCUUUCAUUGCUAUUGGCCAAAGAACGUUCUCACUCACAAACAUACCUUGGAUGCAUGAAAAAGGGACCAGUUUUCACUGAUCCCAAACUCAAAUGGUAUGAACCAUUAGCAAAUUUGCUUGGCAAGGAAUAUUUCUUACAUGCUUAUGGUCCUAUUUACGCUCUUUCUGCUGAUGUUGUUGCUAGCCUGGUCGCACUGAGGAACAACAGUUUCCGAAUGUUUAGCAAUGAAGAUGUUACUAUUGGUUCUUGGAUGCUUGCGAUGAAUGUCAACCAUGAGCAUAAUCAACAACUAUGUCAAAUAGACUGUACUGGCAAAUCUAUUGCUGUGUGGGAUAUUCCAAAAUGUUCAGGACUGUGUAACCCUGACAAGAAAAUGGUGGAACUCCACGCAAAAGACAUCUGUUCAAAGAGCCCUACUUUACCUUCAGACGAUGAUGAGUAGAUCUUCCAUCAAGCAUCAGCAAACUUAAAAGAUCGGUUACCACGAGUCAAUUUUCAUUCAAUUCCCUUGCUCUGUCAGCAUUUCUUCUGUAAGAUGCUCAUUUUCCCCCAGAGUUUUUGUGUUUACACAUACAUUGUAGAAGUAGAAUUUUGUUCAUUGAUUUUGCACUGAACAUUGGCCUUGACAGAAAUAUGUAUCAAAAAAAGAUUGUCUUGAUAGCAAUAUGGAUUUGGCUUUAAUUAUUAGGUGAUGGUUGGUACUUGGUAGUUAACAUCAGCCUCUUGUAAGUUGUAACAGACUCUUGUUGUAAUGUAACACUUCCUAUCACUUUACUUUAA